AUGAGGGACCGCAUGAAAAAGAAAGGAGGAGGCAAGCAUAAGCUCAAGUGCAAAGAGAAGAGCAAGAGACACUGCAGAGAUAUAAGUAAUAUAAGUAAUAUAAGUCACACUGAAGAAAGAAAAAAAAACGCGAGAGGGAGGAGUAUGUGCAAGAAGAUCUCCAAAGAGGAUGAUGAAACUGAUAAGAAGAGAAGAAGAUACCAAAAGAUUGAGUUUGAUGAGGCUACAUGUUCUGUUACAGUGAAGGGGAAUUCUACUUUAGGAGACAUAAAGAAGACAUUCAAAAACUUCAAGGAUAUGAAGAGCGGGGAAGAUGGAUUCGUUCUGGAGUAUCCUAGUAAGGAGCAUGCACUUGUAGACAUAAAAGCAAACAGGAGGCAGGGAGGAGAAAAAAAGGAGGAUAGCAGCAGGUAUCUGAGCAACAAAUAUAUACUCACAAAUCUUUCUUAUAAGGAGGAUAAGGAAUCAAUAUCGAAAGUGUUUAAGAAGUAUGGGGAGAUUGAGAGAAUAACAAUAAAAAAGAACAAGGACAAUAUAUCUACAGGUAAGGCGAUUAUAACUUUCAAGAAAAGGGCGGUGAUAAAAGAAGAAAUUGUAAUGAGCAACAAGCCGAUUUACAUAGAGAGGAUUAAGAAGCCUUUGGAAAACAAAACCAGAUUCUUCCUUGGAAAGCUGACGAAAUCUCUUUCGAUAGUUGAGAUAAGAAAAAUAUUUGCAAAAGUCGAAUGCAAGCCAAAGGAUAUAAGGAUAUUGUACGGGGAAAACAAAAGGAACAGAGGAUAUGGAUUUAUAGAGUAUGCCAAUGAGAAAGAUGCAAAUGUAUUCAUUGAAAGGUUCGAGAAGAUCAAAAGCUUGUUAGGCCCUGAGUGCUAUUAUGAAUACUCCAACGAGAAGGUCUCUUCAAAGAAAAAGUAA